AGAAGCUCAUCGGACCAGCCAUCCUCUUGCAGCAGAGCGUUGCAAACCCAACCAUCGCGACCUACGACGUUGGCUCUCCAAACUUGACAGGCCCCGAGAGAGGGCCGAGCAAACAACCAGCAGCCCUCCUGGUUCAUCAUCCAUCUCCAGCACACAAACCUCCGAGUCCGUCACAGAUGCUCUUGACGCCUCGUCAGAUGACAGGCGUCCCCAACCUUCUUCUCUCUCACCGCCCUGUGCCAGGAGGAGCCGCCGCCCUCGCCCUCAACUUCUCUCCUCGACUUCACAGGUCACAGCAGCGGGAAGACAACACCUACGUGUCGAUGACGGAGCAGAGAGCAUCUCGGGAGUCUCAAGCUUCAAGUUCGUCCUUCACCGGACGCCCCGGGAGUAAGACUCCCCGGGCCGGGUCGGGGCCCGGCGGGCACAGCAGCAGUCACGGUGCGGCGGGGCCUGGGGAUCGCAACUGAGCAGCCAGCGGUGGCCAGGUUACAGCCUGUGGCAGCGUGGCCCCCGCGACUUCGUUGACCCGCGCAGCGCGGGCUUCCGCGGCUAGUAGUACUAGCCUACCGUGGCGCCCCCGGGCCGGUACUCGCCGCCGGGCCCCGGGCCGCCCGGCCUCAGGUGCUUAACUUGACAGUGACAUGAACUUCGGAACCCGGCCCGGGCCGGCCGGGCCGCAGCCCGGGCCCCGGGCUGUCCGACCCGGCGUUCACGGCACACUCGUGACUAGCCUACUGUUCAUUCCAAUCCUUCCACCCCUGGAAUCACACUACCCCUGCGAGACUACCCUCCGUCAAAGACCCCUUUUAAAUUGAGUACCCCCACUUAUCCCAUUAAAUGAAUCUGAAAUGC